AUGGAAAUGAAAUCCAAAAUUUCAUUUCUCUUCAUUCUUCAAGCAAUCAUCAAUGGUGCUAAUCUCUCCACAGCUCAAAAUUUGAUGCAAGACAGGCACGAAUGCAGAGGUUAUUUCAAAAGCAUCAACGUACAAAAAAACCGAGAUUCCGCAUUUGAUAAACUCAUAGCGCAACUUAAGGAUUCAAAUUCAAGCUACAACGGUUUUCACCAUACCCAAGUGGGCGACAAACCUGAGGAGCAAGUUAGCGCCAUCUACCUUUGUCCCCCCAAUGCCCAAUCAAGGCCAAUUUGCGAGUGUUGCUUGCGGCAUGUGGUCGAGUAUGCAGUAAAAAAGUGCCCUAAACAAAAUGAAGUUGUAGCAUGGGACCUCUACGAGUCUGUACAGUGUAUGGUGCGUUACUCUGUGGGCCGCAAAAUUUUCUCAGUGCUCGAUGAUUGGGCUUGGUACUGUCACGAGGGAAACGGGUAUGUCAAGACUGAUGAGUUGGAGAAAACUGUGGAUGGUUUGGUAAGUAAGUUAAAGGAGCAAGCGGCCGAAGGUGAUGCUCUUCGGAAAUUUGCGUCAGGAAGUGUAACUUAUGAUCGAGAUGAAUUCCCUCUUCAUGUGGCGGUGCAAUGUACUCCUGAUAUAUCGAAGGAGGAUUGUACUAAGUGUUUAUCCAAGGCAAUUAAUGGGAUACGCAGUUGUACUACUAGUAAACGAUACUUUGAUGGGAGUUACUUAUCUGCCAAUUGUUAUGUUUGGUACUCGCAUAUUGAUGGUUUACUUGAUCCUCCUACUGAGUUUAAUGAAUAUUGUAAUCCUAUAUUCUACUAA